GAUGUUGGUCAAGACGGUUGUGAUUUUUGAGCUCCGCUAAGUUUCUUUAUAUUCUUUGCUUUUUCUUAUUUUUGUAUUCUGUAUUUUUUUGUGUGUGUCCUUUCGUUUAACCUUUGUGCAAUGCCUGGGUCAGUUGCGGCUUUGAAGAAGGAGAAUAACAUACUUAAAGCGCAACUAUCGUCAAUGUCGGACGAGGUAGCUAGAUUGAAGGAGUUGAUACAGCGACAUAGCGAGAGAAGCGAAGAAGUUCUGCCCAGCGAAGAAGGUGCCCAAUGUGUAGAGUUCUUGAGCAAGAAAUACGACGACUUCCAUCUCUUUAGCGGCAUGGCCAAAGACGAACUCCAGCGACUAAGCACCAAACUCGAAGAGCUGAAAGCCAAGGUAGAUAUUAUUGGAAAUGCUAUUGACGAAAUUCAAGAACAUAGUUUCCAGUAUAAUGUAAAAAUUGUGGGAGUGCCUGAGAGGCUGCAAGAUGAAUCCGCAGCCUCGAUAAGCAAGCUUUGCCUAAACAUUUUUAAAGAAACGGGAGCUGAUCUAUCGAUGUAUGACAUCGACACCGCCCAUCGUGUUCCCAGCAGGAAUAACAAUGGAAAGCCAAAGCCGAUAGUUUGUAGAUUUGUCAGGCGUUUAGCCAAAGAAAGCGUCAUGAAUCAUCGUAAAGAUGCAUGCAAAUUGGACCCGGCUUCCGUUGGACUCCCUGAGGAUGCCUCGUUAAGCGCGGUUAGAAUUUUUGAUCAUUUGUCACCCCGAAUGCAAACAGUCCUGUUCGAGGCGAAGAAGUUUAAAGAACAGCAUUAUUACCAGUACUGUUGGUCAAAGGGCUCCUUUGUUUAUUUACGGAAAGAUGCUACGUCUCGAGCACAUGACAUCAAAAAUCGCUUAACUUGUAAUGUUUGCCCCCUGACAAUCUCAGAGACGUUUGCGAAAACACGAGGAUUCGCGAAUUGCGAAAGAGAGGAUUCUAGUUGCCUUUUAUAUCACUUUGUGCCUGGGAUGUUUGCAAAUCCACAAGAGUCGGUGUCGCAAAAUCCUGCUCUCAACGAAAUGCACUCACCCUCUGACAAUGUCGCUGAGUCUGACACCCCUACAGUCUUGAAAUGCACGCCGACGUCCCUGGUACACAGUUUGUCCGAUCAAUUGUUUUGCUAA